UAAAUUAGUCAAAAUAUUUGAAAACAUUUUCAAAAUUUUUCUACAAUUUUAUACAGAAAUGAUUAUCAAGAAUCAGGUAGUCGCAAAAUUUGAUCAUGGGCAAAAAUUUAUCAGAUCCGGUAUCAUUUUUGAAAGAUUUCUUAGCUGGCGGAGUAUCUGCGGCCGUUGCUAAAACUGCAGUCGCUCCGAUUGAGCGCGUAAAGUUACUACUACAGGUUCAGGAAGUAUCUAAGCAGAUUCCUGAAGAGCAGCGUUACAAAGGCAUUGUAGAUUGCUUUGUACGUUUGCCUAAGGAGCAAGGAUUCGCAUCCUAUUGGCGUGGCAAUUUGGCUAAUGUCAUUCGAUAUUUUCCAACGCAAGCGUUAAAUUUUGCUUUCAAAGAUAAAUACAAGCAGAUAUUUCUGGGCGGCGUCAAUAAGCACGAACAGUUUUGGCGUUUUUUUAUUGGCAAUUUAGCUUCGGGCGGAGCUGCUGGAGCUACAUCCUUGCUUAUUGUAUACCCGUUAGAUUUUGCUCGUACCCGUCUCGCCGCGGAUGUGGGUAAAGGGCAAACUCGCCAAUUUCAUGGUCUGGGUGAUUGUAUAAUGAAAGUCUUCAAAAGUGAUGGUUUUGUUGGCCUAUAUCGCGGUUUUAAUGUUUCCGUACAAGGUAUUAUUAUAUACCGUGCCACAUAUUUUGGUUUCUAUGAUACCUGUCGUGAUUUUCUACCGAAUCCUAAGGAGACGCCAUUCUACAUUAGUUGGGCAAUUGCCCAAGUAGUUACAACGAUUGCAGGCAUUACAUCGUACCCUUUUGAUACGGUUCGUCGACGCAUGAUGAUGCAAUCGGGUUUAAAAAAAGAAGAAAUGCUUUAUAAGAAUACAAUGCAUUGUUGGUACACCAUCCAUCAGACGGAAGGAUUAAGAGCAUUCUUUAAAGGUGCCUUCUCUAAUAUAUUACGUGGUACAGGUGCUGCUCUUGUCCUAGCUUUCUACGAUGAAAUACAAAAAUAUAUUUAA